CCCGUUAACUCUUCUGUGUCCUUCUUGCUAAAGCCUAUCUUUCCCUGUUACAGGACGGUAGCACAAUGCUGAUCAGGAGUUCGCCAUGGAAGCAGUUAUCUUUCUAUUUCUAACUCUAUGCAUGCAGAUAUCUUGGCUUGCGGCCAAGCGCUGGUUGGCUAGUUCCGUUCUCCAGGCGGCGGUACCCUACGCCCGAUUGGUCGUCGCAUUUUGCGUCUCCGCCCUCCCUCUCCGGCAUCAGAUUCAACAGUAGAGAAGGGGCUCGUGGUGAUUUGAACAUGUAUGUUUGACAGCAUCACUUUUUACGGGAUGUCCUUGGAGCGCCUCACCAUGGAGAGUGUACGCUGGGCAUUUUCAUACCGUGCCUGGACCCCUUGCUGUGAGGAAUGGUUGUUAGCCAUGCGCCUUGUGCAGCCUGAAGAGAAAAAGCGCAUUGAACAGUUUGCCUUUGGUCGGGAUGCCAAAGCUGCUAUGGCUGGCCGUCUGAUGAUAAGAAAAUUGAUUGCGGAAAAGCUGAAGAUUCCUUGGAACAAAAUACAGUUACAAAGGACCUCAAAAGGCAAACCUGUCCUCGUAAAUGCAUUAAGCAGCACCCAGUCCAGUUUCAGCUUUAAUGUUUCUCAUCAAGGAAAUUACACCGUACUUGCUGCUGAACCUGAUUGUCAGGUUGGCAUUGAUAUCAUGAAGACUACCAUGCCAGGUAAUGGGUCAUGAUACACCUAUGUCAUACCUUAGGAUGGAAAUGAGAAGGUCUUUUGCCCGCUUAAUAAUUCUAAAUUACACCAUUCCAAAAAAAAAAAAAAAAAUGA